GUGUAUUUCAUUGACUUAGCCAAGCAAGCCCGGAGCUGAUUAUUUAGGCGCAGCCGUUCGGGGGCCAUCUUAGCCCCGCCCCCUGUCACCGUCAUUUGGGUUGACUUCGCAGGCGGACCCGAGUCUUCUUCCACUUCCACGACAUGUGGCUGCUCAUGGUCUUGUCCCUGGCCGUGGCCCUGGCCUGGUACCACCUGUACGCCCCCCUGCCUGCUGGCAUCCGGGAGCCCCGGAAGCUGAUGCUGCUGGAUGCUGUCUGCAAAGUCGUCUUCCAUCUGGCCUUCCUGAUGGAGCGUCUGGGUUUGGGCCACCACGUCAUUUGGAUCCGACAGACCUCCAAGCACUUCGAGGGCACCAUGAAGAACUUAGUCAAGCAGGGGUCGGGGGGGGUCUUGAGGGUCAGCGACGUCACCUUUGACGGCGUCCCCGUGCGUGUUUACGAGCCUAAGGCGUGUGGCGAGGAGGGCCGCCCCAGGAGAGGCCUGCUGUACUUCCACGGGGGAGGCUGGACCUUCGGCAGUGCCAAGGAGGGCUCGUAUGAUGAAAACAGCCGAUUGAUGUCCAACAAGCUGCACGUGGUUCUGGUCUCUGUGGAGUAUCGUCUUUACCCGGAGGUCCGCUUUCCCACGCAGUAUCUGGACUGCCUCGCGGCCGCCAAGCACUUCCUGUCUCCGGGGGUGCUCGCCAAGUACAAUGUGGACCCGUGCCGAGUGGGCGUGUCUGGUGACAGCGCGGGGGGCAAUCUGGCGGCAGCAGUGGCCCAGGAGGUCGCCAUGGACGACAGCAUGCGGGUCAAAUUCAGCGUGCAGGCUUUGAUCUACCCGGUAGUCCAAGCCCUGGACUUCAACACGCCAUCUUAUGUGCAGAACCAAGCCAUGCCCAUCCUCAACCGCGCGCUGAUGGUGGAGUUCUGGCUGCAGUACCUCGGCGCCGACCCGUCCUUGAAGUCCCGUUUUCUGUCCAACCACCAGCAGUCCACCAUGACGCCAGAGCUGAUGGCGUGCGUCGAUUGGACCACCCUUCUGCCACCCAAAUACAAGGACGGUUACAAGACCGUUGCGGUGCAUGGCGAAGGAGCACGCGGCGCCGCCAGGGAGGAGGUGCCGGGUCUACGGGAUGUGCGGGCGGCGCCCCUGCUGGCCAGGACGGAAGUCCUGUCCAGGUGCCCUCGGGCUUACGUCAUGACGUGCGAGUACGACGUGCUGAGAGAUGACGGCCUCAUGUACGCCCGCCGCUUGCGGGAUGCGGGCGUGGCGGUCACCAGUGACCACUACGAGGACGGCUUCCACGGGUGCCUAAGCCUCACCCUGCGACCCUUCCAGUUUGACGUCGGGGUGAGGGCGCUCGGGCGUUACAUUCAAUGGCUCAGCGACAACUUGUAGGAAUUUCAUUUAUGGGAAUUAUUUUGUAUUUUUAUCAUAUGGGAAUUAUUUUGUAUUUUUAUCAUAUGGGAAUUAUUUUGUAUUUUUAUCAUAUGGGAAUUAUUUUGUAUUUUUAUCAUAUGGGAAUUAUUUUGUAUUUUUAUCA